AUGGCAUCCCGCUUGGAGUUACUGGAGAGACCUUCCAGCCACCUGGCCGACGACCCGUGGGGUGAGCGUGCACCGGGCCAAGUGCCAGCUCUGAGAAGCGAUUGCGAGGACAGGCUCCGCGAGGCGUACGAGGAGCAGCGCCUGCUCCAGGACGAAAACCGCCAGCUCCGGCUCCGCCUGCAGCUUUGUCAGAGCGUGGACGCGGACAGGGCACUUCCAGACAUGGAGCGUGCCCACGGCAGCUCCUCUGAACUCGAGCCAGAAUGGGGCCACUCGGCGACCGCAGCCCGCUUGCUCGAAUCGGCGGAGAGGAACCAGAGACUGGUACGGAAGCUCUUAUCUAUCCGGAAGCCUGGCUCGCCCCCGGAGGCGAGGGCAGCAGCAGGGUCCCUGCGACCGACCAGCCCCGCCGCCCUUGGCAUCACUGCGGACUCCACCAUUUGCGAGAGCCACCUGUCCCGCCACGCGGAGACCUGCAAGGGCGGCGUCGGGCAGCAGGACAAGGGCAAGGGCAAGGGCAAGGGCAAGGGCAAGGGCAAAGACAAGGGUCCGCACGCCGACCACUACUACGUGGACGGCAAGGUUUACGACUUCAAAGAGUGGAAGAAUAUCCAUCCCGGCGGAGACAUCUUCUUCGUCCCGUCGUUCCAGCGGGACAUCUCUGCGGCCGUCCACGCGUACCACAAGGAUCCAGACAGACUGACUGGCAUUCUGGCCAAGUAUGAGGUGAAGCUCGAGGGGAAGCAGCCGCGAGACAUCCUCGAGCCGGGGAUGAACGUGCCACCCUUUAUUUUGCCUCCAGGCUUCGAUGCGCUCCGAGACGUUCCUAUAUACGAUUGGGACAAGCCGUUCAUGAAGUCGUUGCGGAAGAAGAUCGGGACGCCAGAAAUGCAGCGCAAGAUCAGGAAGGUUGACACCAUAUUCGACGUCGUGGCGGUCUGCCUCUUCGCGUUCCACGUGGUGAUCUGCUUCCCGGUGCUGUACUACGACCUGCUGCCCUGGUGGCUGCUGGUCGGCAUUCAGAUCGUCACGCGCACUUCUCUGGCAGGAGUGGGACACUACCAUUGCCAUCGCGCCAAGGACGGUAUCACCGAUUGGGCCGAUUGUUUCUUUGACAUCCAGUAUGUUGGCGCCAGUGUGAUCCUCGCCGAUGGUCAUGUUAUGGUACACCAUAUGUACACGGAGACACCCGCCGAUGUAAAGCGUACGGUGUUCAAUUUCAUGUUGCAGCUGCCGCGCUUGUUGCGUGUGCCCUUGUAUACGUUACAGAAGUUCGGCGAGUUUUUCAGCGGGCAUCUCUUGCGCUUCGGCACCCUCGAGGUCAAGUCGACCAGCUCGGCUCAGUUCAGGAAAGAGUGUGAGCUCAAGGCGAUGCGGAUCUACAUGCUUUGCGAGCUAUUUUUCGCAAUGUACUGCAACAGGUUCAGCCUGUGGUUCCUCCAGUUCUUCUGCACGAUGUGGAUCAACCUGUUCCAGAUCGUCGCCUCCCACGACUUCGAGGUGACCCGGGAGCAGCAGGAGUACCGAGGCAUGGACUGGGGCAUCUUCCAGAUCCAACACGCUCUCGACACCUACGUCACGGGCAUCCCUUGGGUGGACAUAUUCCUUUCUGCCGGCCUGAGCUGCCACAGGGUGCACCACUGCCUGCCGUAUCAGAGAUCGGGCUUCGCCAACAUCGUGUGCAUGCCCGCGGUGAUCGAGACCUGCAAGGAGUUCGAUGUGGAGUGGCUUCCAAGCCGCAACCUCAUCCUCGAUCGCUUCCUCCCGUUGGCUUACUACUACUUGACGGCGCCGGCACAGGUCCCGGCGCUGCCGAAGCCAAUCCUCAACGGCGGCGGGGGGGUGAAGGGGUUCUUCAAGGAGCACAUGCAGCUCAGCGUAAUUUCCAAGAGCGUGAACGACGUGCUCCGCGGCUUCCUCGGAGAGUCGAUCUGA